AUGCAGGUUUUCCAUUGUGAAAUGUUAAUAAAUAAUCAAAUUUUUAUUCAAAAAAAGGCAGGAAAAAUUAUUUUUUUGAGUUUUUUAAAUGAUCCUAUGUGUAUUUUAGUGAUCUAAAAAAAUUCUUGGUCUUAAUAAGAUUGUCUGAUUUCUUUUUGAAUUGAGUUGUUUUUUUCAUUUUUUUAAAAAGUUUCCUUGGGAAAUCUUUUGUCUUAAACGGAAAAAAACUAUAUUUUCUAUGAUAAAUAAGCAAAAAAACGGCUCCAAAAAAAUCAAUCCCAGAAGAAAAAAAUUUUUGCACUAUUGAAAUCGAAAUUCGAUAUAUUUUUAAAAAUAAAGAAGUUUUUAUUUUUUUUAAAGUAAUUUUUUUCGAAAUAAAUUAGCCAAUUUCCAUCGAUUUUCUUGUGAAACUCGAUAGAAAAAUAUAAUUUUUCAAGCAAAAAAAUUUGUUUCCGAUUAACAAACUAUUACUGAAAAAAAUGCUUUUUUCUCAUUUCCAGGCCAAAAAAACAACCCAACCGUCAAGCUCAAAGCCGGCCGAACCGGAUUCCCUGCCUCGAAAUUGUCCAGUUGACAAGGAUGAACUGGGUAAACAUUUGAAAUCGAAAUAUUUUGCAAAAAAAUUCAUUAAAAUUGAAAAAUUUCAGGCAGAUCCACAUGGAAGCUCCUCCAUACGAUGAGCGUUUAUUAUCCUGAAAAACCGAGCGAAGAGGAUAAAAAUAACGCCAGGAGUUUUAUGAACACACUUGGAAAGGUACGAAAAAUACUUUUUGAUUCGUUGCAGCUUUUUGAGCCGAGAAAAAAAAAAUCGAUAUUUUUGAAAAAAGGCCCUUUCCACUAGAUAAUGUCUAAAUAAUCAAAAAAACAAUUAGUUGAAAAAUCCGAUUUUCGAAAAAGAAGCAAGUAAUCUCAUUUGAAAAAAAUAUCUUUCAUUUUUUUCAUUUUUUUCCAACAAAUCAAUGAAAAAAACGUUGAAAAACAUGUGGAAAAAAAUUGAAAAAAAUAAGGAAAAAAAGAGAAAAAUAAAAAAAUAAAAAAAUAAGUGCGAUGGGGCACACUUUCUCCGGAUUUCUUGGAAAUUCGAUUUUCACGAAUUUUUUUACAUUUCUGAAAAAUUAUCUUCAUCUUUUUUUCAUUGAGUUUCUGAUUAUUUAAUCUCAAUUAGGACCAUCAUCAAUGUUUUUUUCAGAAUUCAAGUUUAAGUAAAAAAAGGUAAAUUUAGGAUAAAUAUCAAUUUUUUUCAGUUUUUCGACAUUUUUUUCGAUUUGAUAUCAGAUUUUUUUCACUAAAAAUAUUUCUUUUUAUGUACUAUAAUUGCUUAUAUUCGACUGAAGUAAAUAAAUAAACAAGUUCUGUGUCAGCAUUAUUAGUUAUGAACUUUCCUGCCAAAUUAAAACAAUUUUUUUCUCCAUUAUGGAUAGUCGAACCGAAAAACAAAAUAAAAAAUGAAAGACAACAUCGAUUUUUUUACUUCUUAUUAAUCAACUUUUGAAUCAAAUCCUAGGAUUAUUUCAUUUUCAGUUGUAUCCAUGCGAUUUCUGCGCCAAGGACCUGAGGAACGACCUCAAAGAAGAUCCUCCAAGGGUCGAAAAUCGGACAGAUUUCGCUCAGUGGAUGUGUGAGCUUCAUAAUAAGGUAUCAUAAUCAAAAAAACAAGAAUUAAUAAAUUAUUCAGGUGAACGAAAAAACGGGGAAAGCGAAAUUCGAUUGUCGGACAGUUUUCGAACGUUGGCGUGACGGCUGGAAGGACGGUUCCUGCGAUUAUUGA